ACGGCGUACAAGCAACAGAGGACAUGCGGAUUUUUGAAAGAAUCUUCUCCCAAUUACGUGGCAUAUACCAAACCAAAUGAAACUCCAUUUGGGGACAUCUGAUAAAACUAAUAACCAAAAGAAGCACCAACCACGGCCAAAGCUUCCCCCAAAUCAAUCACUCGCUCCAAGAAGAAAAACCAUUCCCGAUCCCGAUCCCGAUCCCGAUCAUUCACACAAAGCAGCCAGACAUGCUGAAAGCUCAGCUCUUGUUCUUGGAUGAUCCUUGAAAAAGGAAGGGCAAACCUUAUCAUAACGAUAACUGGGGAAAAGGGUAGAAAAAGUUAGAUUAGUUUGUUCCUUUAUCCAGGGCUCUUUGCUUCGAGGAACCCACUUCCCGUUCUCAACCAUGGAGUCAUUUCCCUCCACGAAACCCUCCUCCUCCUACUCAAUCUUCGUAGCCCAAUUCUUCUUGUUCCUCGUUUGCGCCACUCAAGCUAUAAAAACCCCGUUUCACCCACGGGACGUGCUGCCGCUGUUACCCAAGGAAGUUUCCUGGCCGGUCCUUGAUUAUCUCAAUGGGGCGGUGGAUCUUCUCCCGACGUUUGUGGGUGCUGCCUCUUCUCCAGAAAACACCGCGGUGUGGAAAGGCGCGUGCUUUUACGAGAACGAGGCUUGGAUGGAGUUCCACAAUAAGACUGGGAGCCAAUUCGGCGGCGGUACCCUUCACCUUAAGAUCAGUAAAGCUCAUAGCUGGACAUGCAUGGAUCUUUAUCUCUUCGCCACUCCAUAUCGCGUAACUUGGGAUUACUAUUUUGUUUCUCGGGAGCAUACACUGGAAUUCGAAGAGUGGGAAGGAAGAGCGGAGUAUGAGUAUGUGAAAAACAAGGGGGUCUCAAUUUUUCUCAUGCAAGCAGGGAUGUUGGGAACUCUCAGUGCCCUAUGGGAUGUCUUCCCCUUAUUCACUAAUACCAAGUGGGGUGAGAAUUCUAAUCUUGCUUUCCUUAAGAAGCACAUGGGUGCGAACUUUGAAGCCCGUCCUCUGCCCUGGGUCACCAACAUCACAGUUGAUGAGAUUCACUCUGGAGACUUUCUUGCAAUAUCAAAGAUCCGUGGGAGGUGGGGCGGAUUUGAAACUUUGGAGAAGUGGGUCAGUGGAGCUUAUGCUGGACACUCUGCUGUUUGCUUAAGGGAUUCUGAAGGAAAAUUAUGGGUCGGUGAAUCAGGACAUGAGAACGAGGAGGGAGAAGAUGUUGUUGCCAUAUUACCGUGGGAGGAAUGGUGGGAGUUUGAACUGAAUGAAGAUGACUCCAAUCCCCAUAUUGCUUUGCUUCCUUUGCGCCCUGAAAUCCGAGCCAAGUUCAAUGAGACAGCUGCUUGGGAGUAUGCAUUAAGCAUGGAUGGCCAACCUUAUGGAUACCAUAACUUGAUAUUUAGUUGGAUAGACACUAUCAAUGGCAACUUUCCACCUCCACUUGAUGCUCAUCUGGUAGCUUCUGUUAUGACAAUUUGGAGUCAGAUGCAACCUACUUAUGCUGCAAACAUGUGGAAUGAAGCCUUGAACAAGCGACUUGGAACUGAGGGGCUUGAUUUACCAGCCAUUAUUGUAGAGUCCGAAAAGCGUGGUUCAUCCUUUGGGGAUUUGUUAACAAUUCCGGAACAAGAUGACUGGUUGUACUCGGAUGGGAAGUCUACAUCUUGUGUGGCUUUCAUUCUUGAAAUGUACAAAGAAGCAGGACUCUUUGAUCCAUACUCUAGUGAUAUACAAGUCACCGAGUUCACGAUCAAAGAUGCUUACUCCCUCAAUUUCUUUGAGAACAAUGCAAGCCGUUUGCCAUCCUGGUGCAAUGAUGGGGAUGAUGUGAAGAUGCCCUUUUGCCAGAUCAAGGGGCAGUAUCGAAUGGAAUUACCGGAAUACAAUACCAUGGCUCCUUAUCCCCACAUGAACGAGAGGUGUCCUUCCCUUCCGCCAGACUACUUCAGGCCGCAGGAUUGCUAA